CAGGUAUUUUCCUUUAGCUGUCCUCCAGCGGCGCAGGCUUUGGCAGAGUUUUGCCCCGAGUGCCCCGGGAGCGCCAGUUGAGAGAUGGACCACACAUCCCCAACCUACAUGCUUGCUAACUUAACCCACUUGCAUUCUGAACAACUUCUGCAAGGAUUAAACCUUCUUCGUCAACAUCACGAACUGUGUGACAUCAUUCUUCGUGUAGGGGAUGUUAAAAUUCAUGCACACAAAGUGGUACUUGCCAGCAUUAGCCCAUAUUUCAAAGCUAUGUUCACUGGAAAUCUUUCUGAAAAAGAGAACAGUGAGGUUGAGUUUCAGUGCAUUGAUGAAACUGCUCUUCAGGCCAUUGUAGAAUAUGCCUAUACAGGAACUGUUUUCAUUUCUCAGGACACAGUUGAAACUCUCCUUCCAGCAGCAAACCUACUUCAGAUAAAGCUGGUCCUGAAAGAGUGUUGCGCAUUUCUUGAAAGCCAACUUGAUCCUGGUAAUUGUAUUGGAAUUUCUCGUUUUGCAGAGACAUAUGGUUGUCAUGACCUUUAUUUGGCAGCCACUAAAUACAUAUGCCAGAAUUUUGAAGCUGUUUGCCAGACAGAAGAGUUUUUUGAACUUACACAUGCUGAUUUGGAUGAAAUUGUCUCCAACGACUGUUUGAAUGUAGCUACAGAGGAGACUGUUUUUUAUGCAUUAGAAUCUUGGAUCAAAUAUGAUGUACAAGAACGCCAGAAGUACCUAGCACAGCUACUGAACAGUGUACGAUUACCAUUAUUGAGUGUUAAAUUUCUCACUAGGCUAUAUGAAGCAAAUCAUCUUAUUCGGGAUGAUCGUGCUUGUAAACAUCUUUUGAAUGAAGCCCUAAAGUACCACUUCAUGCCUGAACAUAGACUCUCUCAUCAGACAGUCUUGAUGACACGACCGCGCUGUGCUCCCAAAGUACUUUGUGCAGUAGGAGGGAAAUCUGGACUCUUUGCCUGUUUGGAUAGUGUGGAGAUGUAUUUUCCUCAAAAUGACUCUUGGAUUGGUUUGGCACCCCUAAACAUUCCUCGCUAUGAGUUUGGAAUAUGUGUUUUAGACCAAAAGGUGUAUGUUAUAGGUGGUAUUGAAACAAAUGCGCGUUCUGGCGUCACUAUCAGAAAACAUGAAAAUUCAGUAGAAUGUUGGAAUCCUGAUACGAAUACCUGGACUUCACUAGAGAGUAUGAAUGAGAGCCGAAGUACUCUUGGAGUAGUAGUACUUGCAGGAGAACUUUAUGCUUUAGGUGGAUAUGAUGGACAGUCUUAUUUACAAUCUGUAGAAAAAUAUAUUCCCAAAUUAAGAAAAUGGCAACCUGUGGCACCAAUGACUACGACAAGAAGUUGUUUUGCGGCAGCUGUUUUGGAUGGAAUGAUAUAUGCCAUUGGUGGGUAUGGUCCUGCUCACAUGAACAGUGUGGAGCGUUACGAUCCAAGUAAGGAUUCUUGGGAGAUGGUUGCAUCCAUGGCAGAUAAAAGGAUUCACUUUGGCGUGGGAGUCAUGCUAGGCUUUAUUUUUGUGGUGGGCGGACAUAAUGGUGUCUCACAUUUGUCAAGCAUUGAAAGAUAUGACCCUCAUCAAAAUCAGUGGACUGUGUGUAGAAGAAUGAAAGAACCCAGAACAGGAGUUGGUGCUGCAGUAAUCGAUAACUACCUUUAUGUGGUUGGUGGUCACUCGGGGUCUUCCUAUCUGAACACAGUGCAGAAAUAUGACCCUAUCUCAGAUACGUGGCUGGAUUCAGCUGGCAUGAUAUACUGUCGCUGCAAUUUUGGAUUAACUGCACUUUGACAAUUGGGAACCCUUGUGAAUAGCAUGAAAAGAUGUCCAGUUUUCUGAAACCUAAAAGCUACAGUGCUUUUUGUGUG